UGCAGAUGGACAUACAAGACUCUAAUGUAAUUCCGACUUUUUGCCAACUCUUGUCAGACAUCCCAGCCUCUUCCUACUGCAACAGCUUUGGGGACUUGGUGAUCUUUGAGGAUGUGGCUGUGGACUUCACCCUGGAGGAGUGGGCUUUGCUGGAUUCUAUGCAGAAGAACCUCUACAGAGAUGUGAUGCUGGAAACUUUCCAGAAUCUGGUCUCAGUGGAUUAUGAAACGCUGUUUAAAGCCAGUGGAUUGGUUUCUCAACAGGAUACGCUUGAGAAAAAAAAAUCUAUUGAACAGAAAAUGGCAAAAUUCACAAGAAAUCAUUCUUGUGCCCACAUUUUAGAAAAAAAUUGGGACGAUGACAGCACUAAAGAUCACAAUGGAAACCAUGCAAGACAUCAGAGGUGAGUUGUGUUUAUAAGGUAAAGCAGUAUUAAUCCUAGGACAGAGUUUUGGUAUGUCAUGAAAUUUAAAA